AUGGAAGAUGAUGAUUACUCAGCGUCAACGACCACCGUUGUGUUCGACCGUCCGAUCCCGUUGCUCCGGGGACCGAUUCCCGCCGGUGGCUCGGAAUUUGUUCUAGCCUUCCGAUCCAUGGAUUCAUGGGCAGCCGCUUUCAAGCGUUGCGAAACCCUGCUUAAGGAGCAGUGCGAGGAAGGUGCCAGAAUCGGGUGCGCCGUCUCCGCAUCCAACAACUGUAAGCCGCCGUGGUGGCGGUGGCGGGGCUCCGGUGACAUGAGAGAAAGAGAAAAGUGCGAGGAGCGGGAGUUCAAGGAAUGUUGUGUUGCCGCCAAGGACAAGUGCGCCGGAUUCGCCCAAGACAAGUGCUCUGCUGCGUUGUUAGACGCCCGAGUCGCGGUGUCGCUAGCGUCAAUGCCAGAGGACAGCACGUGGACCAACUGCAGAGCCAGGGAUCUUCUACCCAAGAAAUCUUCAAGUUGA